GACUCUCCGUAUCCCGAGGUUCGAGCAUCGGUCUCGAACACUGAUGAGCCUCUAAUGCCAGUCAACACUUUCAGAGUAUGGUCAAUCGGUCUCACGUUUGCAGUCCUGAUUCCUGCCUUCAACACAAUCUUUUCAUUUCGAUAUCCAAGUGUCGCCAUCAACGCGCUGUUUGUUCAAGUCGUGACUCUGCCUAUAGGGAAACUCUUCGAGAAGAUCCUGCCUACCCGAACCCUCACCAUCCGUGGCUAUUCGAUGUCCCUGAACCCCGGACCUUUCAACAUCAAAGAGCAUACCCUUAUUUCUGUCAUGGCGAACAUCGUCGUCAAUGGUGCUCCCUUCGCAGAAGUCAGCGCCGUCCAGACAUACUUCUUCAAUUCGCCAUGGCCUCUAGCAAGGCAGUUCAUCCUCGGCAUCGCUAUCCAGCUUAUCGGAUUCUCUUUCGCCGGGAUGGUACGGGAGUUCCUCGUUUGGCCGGCUAGCAUGAUAUGGCCCGGUGUCCUCGUCCGCUCUGCGCUGCUCAACACUAUGCAUAACAACUUCGGAAGGAAGGACACGAAGCACAUAUCGAGGGAGAAAUUUUUGUUCUUCGCAUGUCUUUGUAGUUUCAUCUGGUACUGGUUGCCUGGUUUCCUUUGGACUGGACUCAGCAUCUUUAACUGGGUGUGUUGGAUCGCACCGGACAACGUCGUCGUGAACACCCUGUUCGGCUAUCAGUCUGGUCUCGGCAUGGGGUUUCUGACAUUCGAUUGGGCGAUGAUCUCUUACGUUGGAAGUCCUCUAGUUGUUCCGUGGUGGGCUCAAGUGAACUCGUUCGCCUCGUUCGUGUUUUGGAUCUGGCUCAUCGUUCCUAUCCUUUGGGCCAAAAAUGUGUUCUUUGCGAAAUUCAUGCCCAUAUCCUCACCAGGAGCUUUCAACAACCAAGGCACAUCGUACGACCCUACGGCCAUUCUCACUGAUGGGGUGUUCGACCAACAGAAAUACGAGGCAUAUUCACCCAUCUUCCUGACAAUCACUUUCCUCAUCACAUACGGAACAUGUUGCGCAUCCUACACAGCUGUCGUCGUGCACACGCUCCUUUGGUACCGUAGGGAUAUCGCACGUCAGUGCCGGAUGUCUCUCAGGGAGCAGACCGACGUUCACUCCCGUCUCAUGAGAGUGUAUCCUGAAGUGCCGCGUUGGUGGUAUAUCGGUCUCGGUGUAAUAUCGUUUGCGCUCGGCGUCCUCGGUAUCGAGAUCUGCGACACUAAACUACCAGUAUGGGGAUUAAUUGUGGCACUGUUAUUAUCGAUGCUCUUCCUCGUUCCGUUGGGAAUCGUCCAGGCGAUCUCGAACCAGCAGUUCACUCUGCACGUCCUUGCAGAAGUCGUUGCUGGGUUUGCGUUCCCUGGACGCCCACUUGCCGGGAUGGUGUUCAAGGCAUUCGCCUCCAAUACGACCUCCCAGGCGUUGGUGUUCGUGGGCGAUCUCAAGAUCGGUCACUACAUGAAGAUCCCUCCGCGGAUGAUGUGGAGUUGUCAAGUCGUCGCAUCUAUCGUGGCAGUCUUCACGUCGUUCCUCGCGCAGACUUGGGCGUUCAACAACAUUGAGGAUAUCUGCACCCCGGGACAGAAGGACUUUUUCGCCUGUCCGGGAAUGAUUAAGUUUGGGACUUCGUCCUUGAUAUGGAGUGCAAUUGGCCCGAAAAGGCUUUUCGCCCCCGGAGCACUUUAUUCCCCACUGGUGUUCUUCUUUCUCAUUGGUGCCAUAAUGCCCAUCCCAUUCUGGUUCCUCGCAAAUCGCUACCCUCGUUCAUCCUGGCGUUACGUCCACGUCCCAGUCCAGCUUAUGGCGCUCUCCAUUGUCCCACCGGCAACGGGAAUCAACUACUCGUCGUGGAUUCUCGUUGGCUUCAUCUUUCAAUGGUUCAUGCGUCGCUUCCAUUUCCGCUGGUGGAUGCGCUAUAUCUACAUCCUGUCUAGUGGACUCGACGCGGGGGUCAUCUUUGGUCUUGUCAUCAUCUUCUUCGCUCUUCAAACGUCCAAGCACCCCGUGUCCCUCAACUGGUGGGGUAACACUGUCUGGCAAGAGACGGCCGACGCGAAGGGCACACCUUUCUUCCAGCUCGCUCCGGGCCAUACGUUUGGUCCCAAGCCGUGGAACUGAACGACUCACAGCAUACACAACACGACACCACUAUCUUUCUAUAUCUGACGAUCAUGAGAUGACCGUUCUCACAUUGUAUAUAUAUAAUUU